AUGAAUAUGGCAAGAAUUAGAAAGACAUACAAAACAAUAUGUAAUCUGAUUGUAUUCAUUGGAGCUAUGCUCCAGAGCUCUGGCAAUGACACAAAUCCUGGGAGCGUUCAAAAGCCUAAUCCACUUGAAGGACCUGGGACUGAAGAACAAGGAGUACAUUUCUUGCACUACAGUUUUGAAAAGUACCCUGAGAAUGAAACUGAAAUAGCCAUACCUUUCCAAGGCAUUACAUCUAUUGACAGCAAUAUUAAGAGACUAGUGAAGCUAGAAAAGCUGAAUCUCAAGAAUAACAAGCUCAAGACGCUGCCAUCUGAGAUAGGAGAUCUGGUAAAUCUAAAGAUAUUGCAUCUCAAUGGUAACAAUCUUGAGACACUACCAUAUGAAAUAGGAAAUCUGAAGAGCCUACACGAACUAGAUUUGAGUGAUAAUAAACUAAAGUUAUUACCAGCUGGAAUAAGAGGGAUGGAGAAUCUGCAGGAACUAUACCUCCGUGGUAACAAACUAAAGUUAUUACCAGCAGAUAUAGAAAAGUUGAAAAAUCUGCAGCACUUGGAUCUCAGUUAUAACGAAUUUGAAUCAUUACCAGCUGAGAUAAAGGGGCUGGAGAAUCUAAAGAUAUUGCAUCUCAAUCGUAACAAUCUUGAGACACUACCAUCUGAGAUAGAAAAGCUGAAGAAUCUGCAAAUACUACUUCUUGGUAGUAAUAAGCUAGAGUCAUUACCGUCUGAGAUAGAAAAGCUGAAGAAUCUAAAAGUAUUGCUUCUCGGUAAUAACAAACUAAAGUUAUUACCAGCUGAGAUAGGAAAGCUAAAGAAUCUAAAUGCGCUGGGUCUUAGGAAUAAUGAACUCGAGACACUACCAGACACUAUAAGAGAGCUAUCGGAUUCAUUGCAAUUAUUGGAUUUAAGAGGCAAUAACAUUUUAGAGGUUGGUGAUGGAGAAUGGACUCUGGAUAAGAAAAAAUUGAGAGAGAUGUUUGGAGACCGUGUCAAAUUUGAUGGGGAUGUCCUUCGAGAGCCACAGUGA